UUACGCCCCGCCUCCCCCGGUGGCGCGGAGAGCGCAGCCAAGAUGGCGUCCGAGUUGGAAUAUGAAUCUGUGCUGUGUGUCAAGCCGGACGUCAGCGUCUACCGGAUCCCUCCCCGGGCCUCCAAUCGCGGCUAUAGGGCAUCUGACUGGAAAUUAGACCAGCCCGAUUGGACUGGCCGCCUUCGAAUCACUUCAAAAGGGAAGAUUGCAUAUAUCAAGCUUGAGGAUAAGGUUUCAGGGGAGCUCUUUGCUCAGGCACCAGUGGAACAGUACCCCGGAAUUGCAGUGGAGACAGUGACUGACUCCAGCCGCUACUUUGUAAUCCGGAUCCAGGAUGGCACUGGGCGCAGUGCCUUUAUUGGUAUCGGCUUCACCGACCGUGGAGAUGCCUUCGACUUUAACGUCUCCUUGCAAGACCAUUUCAAGUGGGUGAAGCAGGAAUCUGAGAUUUCUAAAGAAUCUCAGGAUAUGGACAAUCGUCCCAAGUUGGAUCUGGGCUUCAAGGAAGGUCAGACCAUCAAACUGAGCAUUGGGAACAUUACAACCAAGAAAGGAGGUGCUUCUAAGCCUAAGACUUCAGGGACUGGGGGACUGAGCUUACUCCCACCCCCACCUGGAGGCAAAGUCACUGUCCCCCCACCAACUACUUCAGUUCCCAUCAGCAAUCACGUCACUCCACCACCCAUUCCAAAAUCGAAUCAUGGAGGUAAUGAUGCAGACAUUCUUUUAGAUUUGGACUCCCCUGCUCCUGUCACGACACCUGCGCCAGCUCCAGCUCCCGCAAGCAAUGACUUGUGGGGAGACUUUAGCACUGCGUCCAGCUCUGUUCCAAACCAGGCGCCACAGCCAUCCAACUGGGUCCAGUUCUGAGCAACGUUGGGGAUACCUUUUCGGACAGACCCGAAGAAUCACAAAAGAAGACCUAGAGGGCACCAAUCCGCGAGGGAAGUUAGGCAGCCCCUUCCUUCCCCAGAACCAAAAUUCCCGGACCGUCCUUCCCACAGCUUCUUUAUUGUGUUCAAGCUCGUUUAUGCCCCCCUCCUUUUGUUCUUCCUUGCUGUACAGCUAAGAGAAAUCCCAUCUCCUGUUCCUUGCCCAAGGCAGGGAAUCGUGGGUCUUACACUAGAAGAGUCGAGGUUGGCUCGUAGGCCCCAGGUCUCUUCAGAGGGGGAAACCGCCACCGGCCUCUGCAACAAGCUUGUCUCCAUCCUUCAAAUUCUCUUGACUUGUGGCAGAAUCGUCUUGUGACCCAUGUGUGCCUCUUGGGGGAUGCUCGCUUUAGCAAUUUCAGGGGAAGGUAGAUUAAAAACCAUGACACUUUCCCCCUAGCCCCCACCCCCAAUUCGGGACACCGAAGAGUAGACAGAUAAACCGACUUGGGCGUUGGUCAGUUUGGAGCCCCUUGGUGUGACCCAGGGCCUGCUCCCGGUUCUGGCUACUGGCCCUAUUGAGGGCAGCUUUUCUGUGAACAUUGAUGCCACCUCAGUGCCAUCGCCCUCUCGCAUGUUUACAUGCCUGUCCCUGUGCCAAGAGGGUGGUGCUGGUGGCAUCUGCGCUGUUCUUGGUGUUCUUGGGUUUGUCGAAUUGUACAGCCUUUCCCAUCAGUGGGUGUCUCUUGGAUGCAAGCGGUCCAAGGGGGCCAGGCUUCUGAGUCAGGCUCUAGAGAAAGGUUGACUUGCUUGGCUCCUCCAUCUUCAGGCUGUGUUUGCAGCACAGCUCAAGGGACUAUCUGCCCCCCCCCCUCCUUCUUUGAUCUGAAGAUGAACAGUUAUGAGGUUUUUCAUCUUCUCUAAGGAGCAGAGAGGUCGAAGCCAUUGAAAUCUGCUUAUUGCCUUGCUGCUUGGGUAUCUGGCCUCUUUUCAAACGCAUUUAAUAUUUAAUUUUUAGCUUAAUUCAGCGAGCUCUUUAGUGGAAAGCUGCUAGGACCUGUGCUAUCGCCAUUUCUGAAGGGAGCGAGACAAUUCCGGCUUUAGCUGGGAGAGGUCUAGCCCAGGCGGCAGCUCUGAUCCUCCUCAGCCAGGGGGUCUGAAAGCAGGAUCCUCUCCGUGUGCUUUCCUUGUCCUCUGCCCAUUCCUUGUACAAAGCUGUGAGGAGUUCCCUUUCUCAGGCCACCAGGCACGGUCUGUGUUGUUCGCUAAUGGGCGAUUUUGAGGAUGAGGUGGACGGAUCCCAUCUAAAGGUGGAUAUGUGUGCUGAAGGAGGGUCUUCAUUUCUAACGAGGUUUUCUCUCUUGCAUUUCUUUGUUGACUCUUUUUAACUUGGGGUCCAUUUAUUUUCAUUGUCUCCCUGCCAGGCAGCCCUGUUCUUCAAGAGCUCUGGCAGGGCAGUAAAAAAAAAAGAAUUCCAAUCGAAAACACUAAGAAGAAAGUCUAUAGAAUCACUAGUGACUAAUGAUUGGGAACCUAUUUUCGCAAUCCUCUUCCAUGUUGUGUUCUUUGUAUUCUCAAGAUGAUAAUAUAUUACGUAUUUGAAUUGCUGAAGAGUUGAAAAUGAAGUUUAAGAUAUAUGUAUAUAAAGAAUAUGUUGUAUUGGUGCAAUAAUGGUAUUAAAAAUAAGGGAAAAGG